GAAACGAGUCGUUAUCAAAGCCGACAGAAGACUUUUUUUUUCGUUUAACGCGAGCGUCACCUCAAACAAGGCAUGAGUGGCGUCGGACAGCGGUGACUGAUGCCCAGGGGCCGUCAUGAUGUCAGACAGCGGCGAUGUGUGCGACUACGUGGAGCCCAGGCGCCAGGUCCAUACGCCGGACGACAUGGCACGCUGGACCAAGAGUGAGGCAUAUAGCGAAUACGUCGGCUUCAUUCUGGCUCUUAAUGAGAAGGUAAAAGGCAAGAAGAUAACGGAUGAUUUUUUUGUGUCUGAGGUGACGGCAAAACUGCUGUCUGUGUUGGAGACAUUGGACAGGUGGGUCCACGAGACACCUCCUGUCGAUCAACCCCAGCGGUUUGGCAACACUGCCUUUCGCACCUGGCUCAAGCAAGUGCAAGCCGGGAGUGUGCGGCUUUUGAGUGAGGCGCUUCCAAGCAAGUUACAUUGCGCCCUCAUCGAGCUGGUGCCCUACUUCACUGACAGCUUUGGAAACAUGACUCGCAUUGACUAUGGCACAGGUCACGAGAUGAGCUUUGCCAUGUUCCUCUGCUGCCUAUUCAAAGUGGGAGCCUUUACUGAGGCAGACUCUACUGCAGUCGUUCUACGUGUGUUUCAGAGAUACUUGGAGCUGGUGCGCCACCUGCAACUGCAGUACCGCAUGGAGCCUGCUGGAAGCCAUGGCGUCUGGAGUCUCGACGACUACCAGUUCUUGCCCUUCAUCUGGGGCAGUGGGCAGCUCAUUGACCAUCCAACCAUCGAGCCCAAGUCAUUCACAGCGCCCGGCUUUUCAGAGGCACACUCGAGAGACUACAUGUUCAUGGAAUGCAUAGAGUUCAUUAGCAAGGUGAAGACAGGCCCAUUUCACGAGCACUCCAACCAAUUGUGGAACAUCAGUGGAGUACCUAGUUGGUUGAAGGUCAACGCAGGGCUCAUCAAGAUGUACAAAGCUGAGGUUCUGGGGAAGUUUCCGGUUGUUCAGCACGUGGUCUUUGGCAGCCUGCUCCCAUUCCGGCCGCACCAGAAGCUCGGCCCUCCGAAGUAGACAUGUGCUAUGGCCCUAAUUUUGCAACUUAUAAUUACAGAGAUUAAAACUGUGCUUUCCUUGCUGA